AUGCAACCGAAAGAAAGAGAAAAACGCCUUACGCACAAGGUGAUACGCGACAUAUCACACAACGCUGACGGAGGUUGUGCAUGCUUAGAGGACAAGGCUGAGGUUUUGAAAGCUACACUACUUAAGUUGCUAGGCUCAGCACGAUCUCUGAGAACCACCACUUCAACCCCCAAAAGACAGAUGGGUUUUCGAAUAGAUCCUUGGUUACAGGCCCGAGAACGCUACCUUGAUGCGAUUAACGACGAGCAAAAGGUUCUUUUCCAGAGCGCAACCCUAGAGAACUUAUUCCACAUCUACAGUACUGGGACAGUUGAAACACAACACCGGGCGAAAAGUAGAUCCAAUACGGCAGCGAAAAAACUGCAAUCAUUUGUCGCUGCAGUCGACUACUUUGGCGGCGUUAUCGAUGCACCUCCUAGUGUGGUUUCAUUGAUCCUACGUACAAUAUGGGGCGGCUUCCGGGCAUUAUUAUAUCUUUCAAUGUUUAGAUUCAAUGCCUACGAGCGCUUAUUCCCUACCCACAAACACGUUAUCGGGUACAUGCCAUUUGUUUAUCUGGAUGUCCUCGAGUUCUGCAUGCAAGCAAACAAUCUUUUCCGGAGCGCAAGGAGUCGUCAAUGCACUAUACAAAAUCUAUGGAAAUCCUUUAUGGAAGACUCUGGCGGAUCUCUGAGAAGAAUACAACACUAUAUGGAGAGGGUCGAAAUCGAAGCAAGCUUAUCUUAUAUAAUUGAAGAGACUGCAGAUAAAGAGAGACACAGAAAAGAAAUAGAACGGAGGGAUCUAGUUUAUGAACAUGUCGGUGGCGGCGAAAAGCGAGCCCUUUCCAGUCGGAUCCGGGCCCUAGAGCAUUUUAGGGCGCAGAAGGAGUGGGAAAGGCAGCUGGUAAUGCUUGAACAAGAGAAAAUUGAUGGAAUAUCAGCCCUACAAAACCUAUCGCAAUGUCAACCUAAGUGGAAGCAUCAUAAACUCCAAAGAGAGCGAAGUGCAGGCACGGGUAAAUGGAUAACGCUUACACACGAGUUUUGCAGUUGGAUAAGUCAAGGUAGUUCGUCCUGCAUUUGGCUUUAUGGAAUUGCUGGCUCUGGAAAAACUAUGUUGACGACUGCCGUGAUUGACACCAUCAAAAGUGAACACGAUCUUGAGGAUGCCCUCUUGGCAUAUUUCUAUUGCGACUACAAAAAUAAUGUGACACUCCAGGCCCGAGAGAUCGUUGGAAACAUAAUUCAGCAGUUAUCUAGUGACCCCCGGGUUUCUAAGAGAAUUGUUCGAACUAUAAAAAAUAUUUAUAAGAAUGACUGUGUUCCAAGCAUGCAGGAGCUCUCUAAUAUUCUUUUUCUAUCGAUUAAGGAGCUACCAAAGGUCUUCAUCGUUCUCGACGGCCUAGAUGAAUGCAAUGAGAAGGAGCGUGAACUUAUCUUGCCAUGGCUAGUUAUGUUGGGACGAAGCACCGCAUCCAUAGUCAAGCUUUUUGUUUCCAGCAGAGUAGAAGACGAUAUACGCAAAUCAUUCACCGGUCGUAAUUGGUUUUCCAUCGCCGCUAGUUCUAAAAGCGUCUCUCCGGAUAUUUCUAUGGUUAUUGGAAAUACCAUCAAAACGAAGAUAAGAGACGAGAAGUUUUGUGUACGGAAUCCCAUUUUUCUACAAGAAAUUAUUGAUACACUCGUGGAAAAAGGGAAAGGCAGAUUUCUUUGGGUGAGAUUUCAGCUCAACGAUAUCUGCGAGGAAAUGUCAGAGGACGGUGUCAGAAACGUUUUGAACAAUCUUCCAAGUGAUUUGAACGAAACAUACACACGAGCUUUGGUUGAAAUAAUACACCAAGGUGCAGCUCAGAUCGAUUUGGCUCAAAAGGCCUUUAGGUGGAUAGUAGCGGCCAGACGCGCCCUAACUCUAGAUGAGCUACGGGAAGCGGUUUCUAUAGAAGUAAAGGAUAGAUCGGUUGAUUUCGAUAAAGUGCCAGAAGCCUCACAAGUCUUCAGGGCCUGUGGUAAACUUGUGGUAUACGAUCACCAGGACAGAAGUAUUCACUUGGCGCAUUAUACUGUGCAACAGUUUUUAGUUUCCGAUGUUUCACUUGACGAAAUCGAUAUUUCCAGGCAGCUUACCAACUUCCAUUUUCGAUCAGAAGUUGCUGAAAUUGAAGCUGCUAACAUUUGUGUCACCUAUCUUAUGUUUAACGACUUUGAGGACGAUUUCGAACGCGAAAGGACCCUCGCCGUCACGCAAUCCGAAAUUCCGCAUCUAACAGCGACAAGUUGGAUACCAGAUAUGAUAGGCUUAGUUAAAAAGACAAAGAGCGAUAUGUUGAUUUUCCUCCGCAAGGCAGGAUUCUCACGCCCAUCAGUCGACAUCAACCAAUAUUUUAAUCUCCUUUUAAGACCUUGUAGAGCUACCCGAAUCAAAAAUCGAUUCCUCGACUAUAUUAUCAACCAUUGGGUUGAACACACCAUUUAUCUCGAAGGCAGCCAUGGAAUGAUUGAAUCGUUCGCAGAGCUAGUAUUAGACCACAAGGUUUAUUUCAAUUUCCGACCCUGGGGAAAUGGCGAGAUCGGUAUGUCAGACCGUUUAUGUGAAAAUGUGUUCCGUUGGGCGGUAAAGAAUGAUUAUGGACAUAUUAUUGCGAUUUUACUUGCAUCAUUUACUCAAAGGACGGGUUAUAAGCCUUUUGAUACGCCCCCCGUCAAGAUUCUCGACUACAUCGCCUCAUCUUACAUAAACUGCCUGGUGGAAGACGAAUUAUCCUUUUAUUAUGCAGCGAAAAUGGGCUAUGAGAGGACUUUGCAACUACUUGUGUCUAAUCAUGGUCAAAAGCUUUUUUCAUGUUUUUACACCACGCCCACCAUUAAAACAGCCAUCAUCAUAGCCAUGUCUAAUGGACACGAGCGAGCAGCAAUGCUUCUGCUCGAAACAUUCGCUGAAACCCCAGAAUUCGAACUUGGAUAUGACCAAAACUCUUACCACCUUAAUUUUACCCCAGAACUUUCCUCUCCUAGUAAUAAAAAUAACUAUUUACCCCUCCAUCUAGCAGCCAAAUUCCGGCUCAAAAAUGUUGUGGAAAUUUUACUCAGCUCUUUCGGUUACGAGAAGUACGCCGCAAUAAACGGUCCUGACCCAAGUGGAUAUCGCCCAGUUCAUUAUUGCGCUCAAAAUGGGGACCUGGAGAUCUUAAAGCUUCUUUACUUGACAAGGAACCUGACCCUCAACUCCUGGACCGAUGAUGAUGAAAAGUCAACAGCUUUAUACCUCGCCCUGUAUAACGGCCACGAAGACGUAGUGACAUUUCUUUUGGGUGUAAAAGCCUGUGUCGAUGAAAAAACGUACACCCUCGCGCUCAAGGCAACUCAACCUGGCCGCCAAGUGCUGGAAGCAAUUCCUCUAACACUAGAGGCAUCGAUCCGAUCGGGAUAUCGACCGAAAGUUCAAAACUUCCUGGUAUCACACCAUAGCACACUCACUCGGACAACCGAGAGACGCGACAUACUACGGUCCCUGCCAAUAAAAACCAUUGUGGCCUCCUCUAAGGUUAAUGAUACCGAGGUUCUGGAGGAGCUACUGUUAUGGGCAUCGGAACACGGGCAGUCAGAUAUUCUGAUUGAGAUUUUUGUUGGGGCCGCAGAAGGUGGUGCUGGAAAUUUAGUAAAGAGGUUAGUUGGUAUGGGUGUAGAUGUAGAAGCCAGAAAUUCGUUCAAGAGGAGAGCGAUUUCGCUGGCGGUUAGGAAUGGCCACGAACAUGUGGUAAAGAUAUUGGUGGAGGCAGGUACAACAAAAACUAGCAAGAAAAUACGCGAAAUAAUUUUGUAG